GGGUCACGGCGCGGCGGAGGGGCAGGUGCCAGAGCCGCCCGGUGCCGCCCGGUGCUUCCCGGUGCCGCCCGGUGCCUCCCGGUGCCGCCGCUCCCCGCCGCGCCCCGCGCCGCUCCGGAGCCCCGCGCCGCCCCAUGCGCCCCCCGGCGCCCUGAGCGCGGCCGACACGAUGCGAGCCCAAAUCGAGGUGAUCCCGUGCAAGAUCUGCGGAGACAAAUCCUCAGGGAUCCACUACGGUGUCAUCACCUGCGAAGGCUGCAAGGGUUUCUUUCGGAGGAGCCAGCAGAACAAUGCCAGCUACUCGUGCUCCCGGCAGAGGAACUGCCUGAUCGACCGCACCAACCGCAACCGCUGCCAGCACUGCCGCCUGCAGAAAUGCCUGGCACUGGGCAUGUCCCGCGACGCGGUGAAGUUCGGCCGCAUGUCCAAGAAGCAGCGGGACAGCCUCUACGCCGAGGUGCAGAAGCACCAGCAGAGCCAGGAGCAGAGCGGCGGCGCCAAGGACGAGCCCGAGCCCCUGAGCCGCGUGUACACCACGAGCGUCAGCAGCGGCCUCUCGGACCUGGACGACAUCUCCACGCUGUCCGACGGGCUCCUCUUCGACUUCCCCCUGACCCCCGACGGCGGCAGCACCUACUACAACCUGGACCUGCUGGCCUCGGCACAGCCCUCGCCCGACCAGUCCAGCCUGGACGUGGCCGAUGCCACGCUCAUCAAGCAGGAAUCCCUCUACGAGCUGAUGCUGGAGCCGGCGCUGCUGGCACACGGGGCGCUGGAGGGAGCCCAGCUGCCCCCUGACAUCUCUGUCCUGGAGAUUGACCGGGUGGCCCAGAACGUGGUGAAGUCCCACCUGGAGACGUGCCAGUACACCACGGAGGAGCUGAAGCGCCUGGCCUGGAGCCUCUACUCGCCCGAGGAGGUCCGUGCCCUGCAGAGCAAGAGCUGCGAGGCCAUGUGGCAGCAGUGCUCGCUGCAGAUCUCCAACGCCAUCCAGUACGUGGUGGAGUUCGCCAAGCGCAUCGACGGCUUCAUGGAGCUCUGCCAGAACGACCAGAUCAUCCUGCUGAAAGCCGGUUGCCUCGAGGUGCUCCUGAUCCGCAUGAUCCGCGCCUUCAACCCCCUGAACAACACCGUCCUCUUCGAGGGCAAGUUCGGUGGCAUGCAGAUGUUCAAAUCUCUCGGCUGUGACGACCUCAUCGGUGCCGUCUUCGAGCUGGGCAGGACCCUGUGCCGCCUGCAGCUGUCGGACGAGGAGCUCGCCCUCUUCACUGCUGCUGUGCUGCUCUCCCCAGACCGCCCGUGGCUGACCGAGUCCAAGAAGGUGCAGAAGCUCCAGGACAAGAUCUACGUGGCUCUGCAGCACGAGAUCCAGAAGAAACACUCCGCUGAGGACAAGCUCUCGAAGAUGGUUUCCAAGCUGCCCUUGAUGAAGACCAUUUGCAACCUGCACUUGGACAAGCUGGAAUUUUUCCGUCUCCUGCACCCGGAGACUGCCAUGAACUUCCCCCCUCUCUACAAGGAGGUUUUCAACUCUGAGCUUCAGUACAGCGACCCCCGGGAGAGCUAAGGCCAGGAGCCAGCGGCCCCCUUGGAGUUCCCCAAAAUUUGGAGCCAAAACUGCACUUCAGAGGUUUGGGGCAAUUUAUUUAAAUCAAAUAAUCAAAGCAAGAGAACCCCCGGGGGGGCUGCGGUGCCUCCCUGGCCCCGUCUCCUCGCUGUGGAUUGCAAUAGCUCUUGAAUGUAAAGCACCUUGAAGGAAAAAAAGCAAAUGGACUUUGCCAUACCAGUGAAAUGAAUGUGAAAUCUCUGCUUGGGAGAGGAGAUGCUCCUGGCAGUGGUGAGGGACAGGCUGCUCCUGGUGACACGGGAGGAGGGAGUGUCCUUCCCGCUGUCCCGGCUGCGCUCUCCACCUCCCGUUUUUAUGUCUUUGUUUUUUUUAAUUAUUAUUUUUAUUUUAUUGUGGUUUUUUAAACCCGAUCAUCAGGCAUGGGAUAAAGAAGGGGCGAUGCUGACUCGGCUGGGUCGGGUUGGGGCUGCAGCUGAGGAGAGGGAAGGGACAGAGCCUUUGCUUUAUUUCAUCUCCCAUGGGUGCAGUGGGACCCCGGGAGCUUGGCCAGGAAAGGUCUGGCUGUGGCUGGUGGGGGGUUCACCACAGGAUUUUCCUGUUAAGGAAGCUGCUUUGAGGGAAAAGAUGCUCAGUGCAGCAGGGGAAGAGUUUUGCAGGGUCUCCAUGCCCUGCAUCACAGCAUUUUCCCAAAUUCCCAGCCAGCUCCUUGUCCAGCUGGGUGACACCUGACUUUGUGGAGCUGGUGCCUCGUGCCACCUCUGUGCAUCCCAGCAGCUUUUCCAGGCCCGUGGGACUUCAGCCAGAGCCCAGAUCCUGGCCAUCCCAUCCCAGAGGCACCCGUGGCACUGGAGGGGCUGCAGGGCUGUCCCUGUCCCCGUGGUGGCCGCAGCUCUGGGUGCUGCUGUUGUGUGUAGCUCUCUUAUCAUUCCCAUUAAAACUGCCCCAAGGUUCAGCACCCAGAGCAGGGUUUGUGACCCUUUCCCCACCCCAUCCCCAGGUUCCCCUUUCCCACACGACACACAGGUGUGGCUGCAGGUUGAGUUGGACCCAGGCUUUCCCCUCAAUGAGCUCCCUAGAACUGUUCUUUUGGGAGUUGCUCUUGAGUUAGCAGGAUUUAGGAGCUUUUUAGGGGGAGAAACUGCCUGUUGGAGCCAAGGGAAGUGAAAGGUCCUUAUUCUUCCCUUGGAGAAUAAGGCUGGUUGGAAGGAAUGUGGUGUUUGGGACCUGGUGCUCCUUUUGGGAGGCUCAGAAGGGGAUGAAGGAAGGAUUGGUGGGAUGAUGCUGUUCUAGGCCACGGCAGCAGGGGAUGCUUGAGAGACUCUGUGGCUCUGCAAAUGGAUUUUUCCGUCCCUGCUCCUGCUCUCACUGCAGCAAAUGCCAAAAAAACUACAAGGGAAAAACCUGCUCUGAGGCAGCCCCAGUUUCUGCUGACAAAGGGCUAAAAUCCCAAGCUCCUUUCCUGCUUUGUGCUGAUUCCUCGUGCACCCAACCCCAUCCUCGGGCAGCUCCGAGCAGGAGCCAAAACCUUUGGAUCCACAACUGCACCCCUCAAACCAAACCAGCAGCUUUCUUAGCAACGUGAGGGAUAUUCCUGCUUUUGUCAAAACACCUCCUAGGGAAGACCAUGGACCAACCUUGAUGAGGGAAGACUCUCCCAUGGGAUUUCUGCUCGGCUCCAAGGCAGAGGGAAUUUGGAGCAGCUGCCGCGUGGCUUUGCUGACCACAUCCCACCAGCAAACUCCCAUGGCUUUGCUGACCACAUCCCAACAGCUUCUGGGAGCAGAUUGGAGCCUGCCAGCCUUGGCUCCCUCUCUGUUGGAGCCAGGGCUCUGGGAAAAGGCUGCCAGCCCUUCCACGGCCCCACGCGACGUCCAGUGCCAAUGUGUGGCUGUCCAGCACAGCGUCCACGGCGUGGGGAUGUGCCCAGCUCCUCUCCUGCCCUCUGCAAAGCUUGGACAGAAGAGAGAAGUCAGUACUGCCUUUUAUGUCCAGAGGGUUGUGCCUUUUUUUUGUGUUGUUUUUUUGGAAGCGUCGUUUCCGACAGCGCCGUUCACUUCCCAGGAAAAGCAGCCCCAGAAGGUGACUGAGCUCAGAGGGAACAGCCCGUGGGGGUUUGGGAACAUUUGGGGAAAAAAAGCCAGAAAUUUAUUAAAGAAAAAAAAAAAAAAAAAAGCACACACCCUUCUUUUUGCCCUCAGUAUUCGUCAGCCAACACAACCAACACGCCACCGAGUUCAUUUCAUCCGGCAAAGAACCCAGGAAAGCACCUUAAUUUGGGAACAUCAGAGCCCGUGGGGAGAGAUUCUGGAUUAUUCUGAGCAAUAAGAGCCCCCCCGUGGGAACCUAGGGAAGACUGGAAGUAUUAAACACGUGUAACUCGACCUGCCAAACUGCAGGAACCUGCACUUUUCAGUUCUCUUCAGAGGAACCGACUUGAUUCGAUGAUUAUUUUUGGGAGGGGAUAUAAAAGUGAUUCGGUGUCGAUUCGGUGAUUGCUGGCCUGGGGUGGGUGCCACGCCUGGAAAGGGAUGGCAGGGGUGGAAAGGGAUGGCAGGGGUGGAAAGGGAUGGCAAGGGAUGGCAGCCCCUGCUUGGGGCUCGCCAGGGCUGUGCCAAGGUUCCUCACCCCUGCUGGGCCACCCAGAGCUCAGGGCUCGCAGGGAAAUGACGAAACCUGGGCAGAAAUGCCCCAAAAAAGGGAGAUUUCCCUCUCCCCUGUGGCCAGUGGGGAGGGGGCCAGGAGCCCUGAGCCCCCCAUGGCUCUGGUGCUCCAGAGAUGUUCCCAUCCCAACAUGGGAUGUUCCUUUCCAGCAGCCCUGGGCCGCCAGCUGUGGCUCCUUUCCAGACCAAGAUUAAUUUAGUGUUUGUUUGUCUGCUCUGGCAGUGUAGCUGAGUGUCCAUUUCCACCCACAGAACCCUCACACUGUGUAUAAAGAUGGAUCAAAAAUAUAUAUAAUAUAUAUUCUUGUGAAUGUUGGUGCAAAAGAGAAAAAUAUAUAAAGUUUUGGUCGGCUUUAUGUUAUUUUUUAUCUCUAUGAAUGAAAGGAAGAAAUGGAAAACCUUUUAUUUCCAUUUACCACCCCCUCCACACAUUACCUACCUGUAGAUACCAACAGGUUUUAUGGAAAUGUUUUACUUUUUAGAUUUAGGAAAAUGCUUCUGUUCUCAUUGAAUGUUCUGUCUUGUAAGAUUGUAAUUUCUAUUUUUUUAAAGAAAAGAAAAUAACUAAAUAAAAUUUCCUCUUUCAGACCAGUC